AUGACAGUAGUCAACAUUCCGACAAAAGCCCAUGUCUUGAUCUUCCCGUUCCCGGCGCAAGGCCACAUGAUUCCCCUCUUCGAUUUCACCCACCGCCUCGCUCUCAGCGGCGGCUCCUCCUUAACAAUCACCGUCUUGCUCACUCCUAAAAACCUCCCAUUUCUCUCUCCUCUUCUCUCUUCCGGAGUCGACGUCGAAACUCUCAUCCUCCCUUUUCCUUCUCACCCUUCAAUCCCCUCCGGCGUCGAAAACGCCCAAGACUUACCUCCUUCCGGCUUCCCUUCAAUGAUCCACGCGCUUGGUGACCUCCACGCGCCGCUUCUCUCUUGGAUUUCUUCUCACCCUUCUCCUCCCGUAGCCGUCGUCUCGGACUUCUUUCUUGGCUGGACCCAGAAUCUCGGAAUCCCACGUUUCGAGUUCUCUCCUUCCGCUGCUAUCGGUUGCUGCAUCUUCAACACUCUCUGGCUCGAUAUGCCCACCAGGAACAACGACGACGACGAUUACGAGAUCCUCGAGUUUCCCAAGGUCCCGAAUUGUCCGAAAUACCCUUGGUGUCAGACCUCCUCGAUUUACCGGAGUUACGUUCCCGGAGAUCCAGCUUGGGAGUUCAUUAGAGACUCUUUCAGAGCUAACGUGGCGAGUAGUGGAGUCGUCGUUAACUCGUUCUCCGCCAUGGAAAGUGUUUAUCUCGAGCAUCUCAAGAAAGAGAUGGGCCAUAGUCGUGUAUGGGCCGUGGGCCCAGUUCUUCCGUUAUCCGACGGUGGUAAUCGUGGUGGCCCGACCUCGGUUCCCGUCGAUCACGUGAUGUCGUGGCUAGACGCACGUGAGGAUAACCAAGUGGUGUACGUGUGCUUUGGAAGUCAAACUGUGUUGACUAAAGAGCAGACUCUUGCGCUCGCUUCUGGGCUUGAGAAAAGCAGCGUCCAUUUUGUGUGGGCCAUCAAGGAGCCCGUCCAGGAAGAAGACUCGACACGUGGAAACAUCCUAGACGGAUUUGAAGAUCGUGUGGCUGGGAGGGGUUUAGUGAUCCGAGGUUGGGCCCCACAAGUGGCAGUGCUGCGUCACCGAGCCGUGGGAGCGUUUCUAACGCACUGCGGUUGGAACUCCGUCGUCGAAGCGGUGGUUGCUGGCGUGCUGAUGCUGACGUGGCCGAUGCGAGCGGACCAGUUCAUUGACGCGUCUCUGGUGGUGGACGAGUUGAAAGUUGGCGUGCGUGCAUGCGAAGGACCUGACACGGUUCCUGACCCGGACGAGUUGGCCCGAGUUUUCGCUGAUUCCGUGACCGGAAAGCAAACGGAGAGGAAUGAAGUGGUGAAGCUGAAGCAAGCUGCGUUGGAUGCGAUACAAGAACGUGGGAGCUCGGUUAAUGAUUUAGAUGAAUUUAUUAAACAUGUCAUUAGUUUAACACUAAACAAAUGA